AUGGGCGACUAUGUGGUGGAUAGUGAAGACGAAGUCGAAGUCGUUGAUGAUGAGUGCAUUAUUUGCGACGAAGCUACCGCGAGAAAGUGCGCUAUCUGCAACGACAUCCUGAUUUGCAGCAUGAACUGUCAGCAAAUCGCAGUUAUCGACGACGUUAACUCCGAUCACUUCGACAUGUGUGUUGCCGACACAACCGCCGACACUUUCUACAAGGACGUCCUGAGCAACAGGAUUCCAAAAGAUGUGCAAACCAUCGAUGACUUCAAAUUCAACUGGCUGUACAAGAUUACCGACCGGAGGAAGCUUCUCGAAAUCUACACGACGAUUAUUCGCAAGGCGGACGUCACACCCCGCGAGAUGGACAUCUGGGUGGCGGAGAAGAAGCUGUUUGAGCGCAUUGCUAUGCUCGUUUACACCUGUCCGAAGCUUAUGAGUCUCGAGGACGUCAGAUGGUUCAAGGGAACUAACAUCUGGACUUUUGGACUUAAUAAGACCACGCAGGCGGUUUUCCAGGACAUCAUUUCCAUCCAAGAGAGAUUUCGGCGCGUAAUGGAGAGAAUAUGA